GACCGCACCCUUGCAAACUCCGUUCUCCCCUCACCCAAAAAAAAAAAAAGCGAUUUUGAAAAAACCAAACCCACCACCUCUUCUUCUUCUUCUUCUUCGUCUUCCUCCUCCUCUUACUCUUUGCAUGAGCAUUACUAAAACCCUAGCUUUUGCUCCCGUAGGUUUCAAAUCCCCCCUCCUCCGCGAACUCUAAUCUCCAAUUCUAGUACUCGCUUUUUUUCGCAGGUUAACAUGGACGUGGGGUGCGUGUCUGCUGCAAAUAUUAAUGGAGCUAUCCAGAAUAGAUAUUUUCGUAGUCAUAAUCCUUCUCAAAGAUGCUCUUUUAGCAGAAAUUCAAGAUGCAACACCGUCAAAGGAUUCAAAAAUUGUGAGCACAUGGGCUGCCGCUUGGAAUCUUCCAUUCCAUGGAGCACAAGAAGGUCAAACCAUCAAUCGGGCCAUUUGCAGGUUUCAUGUCCUUCUAUAUUCAUAUCCAGGUCGAGACCUGUUAUUUUAUUUAUUGUCUGCAAGGACUAUCCAAGGCCUGAACUUGAGAAUACCGUCAAUUUUGUAGAAGCUGCUCAGCUUUCAUCAUUUUUCCGUAGUGGCGCACGUCCAAAUAAAGCACUGCAGGUUGUAAUUGCUGGUGCAGGUUUGGCUGGUUUAUCAACAGCAAAAUAUCUUGCAGAUGCUGGUCACAAACCUAUACUGUUGGAGGGCAGAGAUGUCCUGGGUGGAAAGGUUGCAGCUUGGAAGGAUGCUGAUGGAGACUGGUACGAGACUGGGCUUCAUAUAUUUUUUGGAGCAUAUCCCAACAUGCAGAAUUUGUUUGGUGAACUUGGCAUUAAUGAUCGUUUGCAAUGGAAGGAGCAUUCUAUGAUAUUUGCGAUGCCAAACAAGCCAGGAGAGUUCAGCCGAUUUGAUUUUCCAGAAUCUCUGCCUGCACCAUUGAAUGGGAUAUGGGCCAUAUUAAGGAACAAUGAAAUGCUAACUUGGCCAGAGAAGGUGAAAUUUGCUAUUGGACUUUUGCCCGCAAUGGUUGGUGGCCAAGCAUAUGUUGAAGCUCAGGAUGGUUUAAGUGUUACCGAGUGGAUGAAAAAGCAGGGUGUUCCUGAUCGAGUGAAUGAUGAAGUUUUCAUUGCCAUGUCAAAGGCACUUAAUUUCAUCAACCCAGAUGAGCUAUCCAUGCAGUGCAUUCUGAUUGCUUUGAAUCGUUUUCUUCAGGAAAAGCAUGGUUCCAAAAUGGCUUUCUUGGAUGGGAACCCUCCAGAGAGGCUCUGCAUGCCAAUUGUGGAUCACAUUCAGUCCUUGGGUGGUGAAGUCCGACUUAAUUCACGUGUAAAGAAUAUUGAGUUGAACUCUGAUGGAACUGUAAAGCACUUUAUGCUCAGCAAUGGUUCUCUAAUAACGGGAGAUGCUUAUGUUGUUGCUGCUCCUGUUGAUAUAUUGAAGCUUCUUUUGCCACAAGAGUGGAGGGAAAUUCCCUACUUCAAAAAGCUGGAAAAGUUGGUGGGAGUUCCAGUGAUUAACGUCCAUAUAUGGUUUGACAGGAAGCUGAAGAACACAUAUGACCAUCUUUUGUUCAGCAGGAGUCCCCUCCUGAGUGUGUAUGCAGACAUGUCCUUGACAUGCAAGGAGUAUUAUGAUCCUAACUGUUCAAUGUUGGAGUUAGUUUUCGCUCCUGCAGAGGAAUGGAUCUCACGCAGUGACACUGAAAUCAUUGAUGCUACUAUGAAAGAACUAGCUAAGUUAUUUCCUGACGAAAUUGCUGCGGAUCAGAGUAAAGCAAAGAUUCUGAAAUAUCACGUUGUCAAAACACCAAGAUCGGUUUACAAGACUAUCCCGAACUGUGAAUCAUGCCGCCCUUUGCAAAGAUCCCCAAUCGAAGGGUUCUAUCUGGCUGGCGAUUACACAAAACAGAAAUACCUAGCUUCUAUGGAGGGUGCUGUUCUAUCUGGGAAGCUUUGUGCACAGGCUAUUGUACAGGAUUACAAUUUGCUAGCCAAUCGGGCCCAGAAGAGGACUCAAGCUGAAGUUUCCAUUGCAUAGGAUAGGAGUGAAUACAGAGCUGGAGCUCUCUUUUUUUAUUUUCACCUCUUUCCAAAGCACGUAUUACCUUGUCAUGGGUUGAUAUCAAAUAGAAGCAGGCUUUCACAUGAAGUGUGGAAUCCUAAAGAGGGCACUGUAACAACUGAGUUAAAACUUUGAUAUUAAUAGAAUGCAAUAUAUUUAGAUUCACCAGA